AUGACCAAACAGUUGUCCUCCAAGACCAUCGUCCGCCUACUACUCUCCAUCUCCAUCUCUUGCUUCGUAUCAAACGUGCUCGCAUCGGAUAAUAACCAAGAUCUCAUCACCGGCACUGGUAUAGAUGGCAAGACCCGCCGACUCGACGUCAACCGCCUCCCUGACCUCUACACGGGAGAUUUUGACGAUUGUCACGACGGCGGCAGCUUGGUCAGCGUCACCAAGUUCGACGGCGCCUACUAUGCCGAUAACCUCACGGUGCUGUUUCAUCUCGAUGGAGCGACGAGGAUAAGCAAGGAAAGGGUCCUCCUCCGCCUCACCGUCGAGGCCUACGGGAAGAAUCGAUUCAACAUGACGUACGACCCAUGCGAGGCCAACAUCACGACCAUGUGCCCCAUACGCGGCGACGUACCAAUCGCCGCCGUUGCCGUCCUGCCCGUCGCACCGAACCAGGCACCCAGCAUCCCACCGAUAGCCCUCGACAUACCUGACCUCGAAGGCUUUGCGCGCCUUCAAAUAAUCGUAAGCUCGACGGAGACGCAGAUUGCUUGCUUCCAAGCCGUCAUCACCAACGGCAACACCUUCUGCCACCCGAAAUCCGUCGCCGCAACCAUGGCCCUCUCCACCCUCUUCGCCGUCGCCGCCACCUUUUGGACAGCCAUCUACGGCGUCAGCAUCCCUCGCACGCAGAUGCACCAUUCGCACUCGUUUUCCCUCCUCCUCCUCGUGGACGUUUUUCAGUCCAUCUUCUUCUCAGGAGCCCUCCCCCUUCGCUGGCCCAGCAUUCUUCCGGCUUGGUGGAGUAACUUUGCCUGGUCUGCCGGAAUCGUUGCCAACGACGGCCUCGUUCGAUCCAUCAGCUCCUUUACCGGCACCGUCACCGACGUCAGCGAGGUUGGAGGAGCAGGCUCUGCCCCGGUCAACAACGGAGGCGGCCUGGCGCGAGGGGUGUACAGUCGAUCGAUGGCAGACUUCAGCCGACGUGCCAUGUACGACGCAGGCAGCCCCUACCAUCAACCGUGGCGUGGAAGCCCCCGCCUCCCAGCUAUGCCCAUGCCCGGCACGUGGCACGGAUUCGGUGCCACCUUGUCUCUGCUGAACGUGCCACCGCCUGACGCAUUCCUCGUCUCUCUGACUUGGCUGCUCAUCCUUCUAGCUGGCGUCGUCUUGUUGGUGGUCCUUGCGAAGCUCAUGCUGGACAUGCUGGCCAAGGCAAGCCUGCUCAAGAUGGACGCAUUCGAAUUCUUCCGCUCUCAUCUAGCCGGAUAUGUCGCUUCAACUCUCCUUCGAAUCCUUCUCAUCGCCUUCUUCGCCAUCACCGUGCUCACCAUGUACCAAUUUUCUCUGCGUGGGCCCGUCGGGCCGACGGCCGUAGCGGCCGUCGUCUGGGUCACGAUGCUCCUUGGAUUGGGUGGCAUGGCAGCCUACGCCUGCCACGUUCAACUCCGACCCACGAGGUUGGAGACUGGUGUGGAUGCUGUGCGAUUCGAGCGCAGAAUCUUGAUGAGGACUGUUCCAUCCAUCGCCUUCGAACGAGGGAGCCGCAUGGGCGAGGACGACGCGACCGACGGACGUCGAUCGUCGGAGACGUUGCCAUGCUUCCGCGUCCGAUCCAAACCGGGUGAUCCCAGCAAGAAAACGGUGGAAAAGGACAAAAGCGUCAUGGGGCGUUUCGGAUGGCUCGUCGCGAGAUAUUGCCACACGAGAUGGGCCUUCUUUGCCGUCCACCUCGCCUAUCUUUUUGUCAGGGCAUGCUUCAUCGGAGGCGGCAUCGGCACGCCGCCGGUCCAAGCGUUUGGCCUUUUCUCCCUCGAGGCUCUCGCCUUGCUUGGUAUGAUCAAGGUGAACCCGUUUGAGAGCAACUGGAACACGGCUACCGCCGUCUGGAUGCUCUCCACCUCCAAGAUUGUCACGGCAUGCAUCUCGAUUGCCUUUCUCCCGGACUUUGAGGUCGACCGUAUCGCGGCCACGUGGCUGGGCAUCAUGAUCAUUGCCGUCCAAGGAUCCUUGGCCGUGGCUGCGCUGGUGCUCAUCGUCGUCGGCAUGGUUUCGACAUGCAUGUCACGCUCGCGAAACAGGGAGCGGUGUCCUGAAGCUCUCGACCAAACGCGCAGCGGUUGUCAUGAGCACGUGGAAGCCCACGCAAACGACCCGUCGGCACCGGCAGAACACGAGGCGGCAGCGGACGAGCCGAUGCAGUCGCGAUUCAAAGUGUGGGGGGUUCGACGUGUACCGAAGAUUGGAGAUGAGGAUGAGGAUGAGAAUGAGGGCGGAAACGAAAAAGAAUACGGCGGGCGUCCUGGGCCGGCCGGUGGUACUCCUUCGGCGGCGAGCGCGGCGGCGAGCGCGGCGGCGAGCGCUCGACGUAACCGCCGGUCCAACAUGGCGAGUUCACGGUGCUCGUCCGGCGGCAUAACCCGCGCGGCACGGGUUCACAGCAGGUCAUGGAACACUGGAGACUUGGUCUUGUGGGACGAGGAGAUGAAUCGAGGCGAUGCGAGUCGCCACACAUGCAAUCGCUCCCUCUGGCUGCCGCACAGCUCCCCGCCCCUGCCGCACAGCAACGGCGACUCGUCGGGGGCGACGAUGUCACCAAAAAGACCACCCAUUCACCCCCUGGAGGAGUUGUUUGAAGAACCCAUUUUGAACGCCGCCGGCGAGGCCAUCAGCAUGUCACAGGUGCCAUCCGCCGGCUCCGAGGACAGGCAGGUGUCUUGGGCCGGCCCCAGCAUCCCUCCGACGAGAUCGCACAGGAGAACUGUGAGGCUCAUGAAGGGAUGA